AAAAGCUUGUAACACUCGUGUACUAGCUGGUUCAGCUUAUAGUAUUUGUUGUUUUGAAAAGACACAUGACAGAAUAACGACACCUCAGCAGCAUGUACAGUUGUGUUUAUAAAUAGUUGUGCUUGUUUAGAUUUAUUAUUAGUAUCAAAAAACAACCUGAAUUCAGUAAAGUCUUCUUCAUCCAUUAUACGCGCCAAUCAAGAAGUUAUUUGUAUACAAACAUGUCUUACUCUAACGGAGCAUCACUCUCAAAUGCUAAGACUCACCAUCGCCACGGUAACCCUGUGAGUGACUCGGAGUUCAGUGAUUGGUUCGAUUCUGACGGGAGACUAGUGAAUGAGGCGGCCAUGAGAGAGGCUCUCUUCCGCUUGGGUGUGUCCUCUCCAUGUCGUCCCUGUCUCUGGAAGUUCCUGUUUGAAAUAUACCCCCUCAACUCAACAAGACGUGACCAGAGAACCAUCGACCUGGAGAACAGAGCUAACUACCUGGCACUUCGACAACGCUGGAAAAUCCUCGAUAAUACAAUGCAAUCCCCCGAAACAACCAUCCAUGACCAACCCUCGUAUCUAGAACUGAGCGACGAUGAAAUAGUUAAUCAAUCCCGAUCAAAUUCCCCCUCCUCCAAUGAAAAAUCCCCUGUCACAAAUGAUGAAUCUCCGACCAAUGAUGAUACAGGUUCGAUAGAGGCCAGUUUGGACUGCAGUGGAGAAAUGUGUAGCCGAUGUCACAAGAUGAUAGCCUCGGGCUCUUUAAGUAACUCUGUAACUACAAACAGUGAAAGCGGAUUUUCAGAAGCUUCAAACACGACAUUCUCCUCAUGUACUUGUACAAAAAGUGACCAAUCAAAAAGUUCUGAAAAUGAUGGAGUUACAUGUAGGCGCACAACUGUUGAUCUGUCUGCAUCCUCUGAAAAUGAGUCUGGGUGCGAGACUAAUAUUCAACCUACAACCUCAAGUACUAAUGGUUCAACUUUAUCCCCGAGCGAUGGCAGCGGGUGUCAGAGUGUUGAUCAGAGCUCGUGCAGUUGCAGUCGGUCAGUUGGGGAGACUAGCAACGAGUGUGGCAUCUGUCAGGAGAGGGAGGAAGGUGUGAAGAAGUGCGUGUGUGAGUUCAAGAGCAGCUGUGAGAACUUGAGUCAAGACGAUGAGGCUUUGUUGGAGAUCCUCGAUUUCCCUUCUCGGGUAUACGCAGCUCGCCGGCCUGUCCAGUUAGAGACCAGCUAUCCCAAGGCCAGGAGAAUAGUUCUCAGAGAUGUGGCCAGAACUGACAGGAACUAUCACUACUUCACUCACAAGCGCAACCUGAGGAAGGUCCACAGAAUACUCCUCACCUACGCCAUGUUUCACCCGGAGGUUGGCUAUGCCCAGGGCAUGAAUGACAUCCUGGCCCGAUUCCUAGUGGUGACAGACUCGGAGGUUGACUCGUACUGGCUGUUUGCCAGCUACAUGUCCAAGAAGAGAGAGGACUUCCUCGAGCACACCAUGAUGAGGAAAGUCGCAUUUGUGAAGAACCUGGUGAGGGAGGUGGACAGAGAGUUGUACGGCUUCUUUGACAAGUCUGACUGUCGUGACUACCUCUUUUGUCACAGAUGGCUGUUAUUGGACUUCAAGAGGGAAUUCCCCUUCGAGGAGGCCCUGAGGAUAUUUGAGGUGCUCAACAGUCAGUACCUGGAGCUCAACUCUGACCGGGCUCUCGUGGUAACAGACAAGGUCAUCGCUAAGGAGUUUGAAAUGGAUGCUGGUGAGACCCGCUCUGAGAGGUCAGAGGUCAACCUUGAGUUCACGUUUGAUGUUUUCGUGUGUGUGGCCAUUCUGACAAUGAAUAGUAAUGACAUUUGCAAGGCUUCUGAUGCUGCUGGAAUCUAUGGCUGUCUCAACGGGCUCUCCAUGAAGAUGAAUCUGACGGAAGUUCUGACACAAGCAGAGGAACUGUUUUACAAGUAUUGUAGACAGAACAUCACUAGGGGAUUUGCUGAGAUAGACCUGUAGUUUGUUUGUAUUUUUCUCUAAUCCGUGUUGUAUCUGCUUACAGUGCAUGUCUUUUUAAUUAUGA